AUGGCCGAACACGCGGCAGCGGUGCACAGAAAUGACGCCAGCUCUCAAGUUGCGGAUCAUUCGACGAGAUCCGGCUACACAUUCAAAUUCGAUGAGGCCGAAAUUCUCGCAAGAGGUGACAACCGCGUGAGCCGGGAGAUACUGGAAUCACGGUUUACUGGCCCCCAGUCCAUCAACAAGCGCAACGAUCUUCCCACUCCAUACUCCGUGCUGAAACUUCGCCUAGGUGGAGUAACAAGCCAUGUGGGGAGCGCAGAGGUGAGCACUUUUCCCGUCACCGUGGUCGGUGCGUCAGAUGGUCGAGUAAUAAUCACGCCGACAUCCGACGCAAGUGAUGAAAUUGCAGCAAUUAUCGACUCGAAUGUCGGCCAUCAAGAAAUGAUCACCCCAAGUGUGACGAUCCCGGAUGAAGGGAGGAGCCGUGAAUGUUCAUAGGUGUGCGGUAGCAUGGCUACUGCAUCCUAUAAAUAUCGCAGCCCCUUGUGCAACAACCACCCGUUUCUGCUUUUUUGUCUCUGAUGAGGGAUUCGAGUAGAUAUCCGAAACGUCAGGCUAAUAAAGCUCUUGUCCCGGCGAUCGUGUCUCCUUCUUCAAGACUACUUCCUGAGACUCGUCUCUUCGCUUCCAGUGGUCGUGUGUGUUGUACGUAUUGGCAGGAAGCAGUACAGAAGAAAAAGAAGAAGCUAUCGGAGAAACAAGUUCUUUAUUUUCCCGACGUUUCGGAUUCUCAUUUCAAACCUACCACAGAGAUAUUGACUGGAGGGUGUGGCUCGUACACAGGGAGUUGCAGUAUUUAUACUAUGCACUCGCUAUGCUACCGCAUAUAUAUAUCAAUUAACUGCGCUUCCCUUCAUCAAUGAUUUUUACCCGCUGGUUCGCUAAAUGCUUGAUGGUCGGCAUGCUGAAAUCUCAUCAACCAUGUCGGAUUGUGGCGUGAUGAUUGUCCAGCCAUCUUGCUCACGUGCUUGCCCGCUCCACGAAUGGUCAAUUACUGUGACCAGCCUAUGCCGCACCACGGAAUAUGGAGUGGGGAUUUCAUUGCGCUUGUUGAUAGACUGAGGUCCCGUGAACCAUGACUCAAGCAACUCGCGGCUCACGCGAGUAUCCCCUCUCACAGUAAUUUCGGCCUCAUGGAGCCUGAAUGUGUGGCCGGGUCUCGUCGAAUGGGCCGCAAACUGAGAGUUGGCGUCAUUUCUCCCUACAGCUGUCACGUGAUCGGCGAUUCGUGGCAGCAGUACGGAGAAAUGACGCCAACUCUCAGUUCGCGGCCCAUUCGACGAGACCCGGCCACACAUUCAAGUUCUAUGAGGCCGAAAUUAUCGCGAGAGGUGAUAAUCGCGUGAGCCGCGAGUUGCUUGAGUCUUGUUCACGGGACCUCAGUCUAUCAACACGUGCAGCGACAUCCCCACUCCAUAUUCUGUCCUGAGGCAUAGAUUGGCCAAAGCAAUUGACCACUCGAGGAGCGCGCAAGCACGUGAGCCAGAUGGCCGAGCAAUCAUCACGCCAGCAUCCAACACGGGUGAUGAGAUGUCAGCAAUUUACAACUUGCAUGCCGGCCAUCAAGUAAUUAGCGCACCAGCGGGCAACAAUCCUUGAUGAAGGGAGCACGGUUAAUUGCUGUAGGUAUGCGGUAGCAUGGCGACCGCAUCCUAGAAAUACUACGACUUCCUGUACACGAGCCACCCUUUUCUGCAACUGUCUCUGAUGAUGGAUUUCGAUGAGAAUCCGAAACGUCAGGCGAAUAAAGCCAUUGUUCCAGCGAUCGCUCUUCUAUGUCAUUGUUUUCAUCACGCAAUUGGCAGAUACAAGAAUUAACUAUGUAAAUCCACUUAUGCUCGCCAGUCAUCCACCGGACAAUCAAAUCAACCUAAUAAACUAUUUAUUCGCAGAUUUAUAUUUAUCUUUUUGUUCGUUUCCAAGGGAAUUCAAAUAGUCAAAUAAUGCCGCUCGAUAAUGGACAUAAUUUGCAAAACAGGAGGUUCGGAUAGUUUGUCUUACUGCUUCGAAGGGGCAUCUAACGCCUCAUGGGAGUUCUCUCAUCACUGAGUAGUCUAAUUAUGUGUCCAAUUCACCUCCACAGAUUCGUGCCCCUUACAAGAGACAGACGAUCUAGCAACGGUUGUGCAAUCAUACAUGUUUCACUCCUCAACAAAAAAACAUCAAGAUUAAAGUAGCGGAUGGACUCGGUUGCCAAAUUCGUCUUGAAGGCCUUAAGUCCAGCAUCAGUAGUAGCUGCAUUGUGCUUAUAAUAGAACAGUAAGAUUCGAAUUCCCUACACCUUUGUCAAAUGCAUAUUGACUGACAAAAUGGAUGUUUCGGCGCCUUAAAUUUCUGACAGCUGAUACGGACACCACUGUCAUUUCGUCAAAACAAUUUCUGGAGAAGCAUAAAGGAGUAAGUCUCUAACCAAAUGAGGUCAUGGUAUAUUUUGAUGUCACGGCCCUCUUUAUUGCUAUCCCCUUAGAUCUAGCAAUUGAGACGCUCGAGCUAUUCCCACGAAGCGCUGUUUAUUAAUAUAGGUAUGCGGUAGCAUGGCGACCGCAUCCAUAAAUACUGCGACUUCCUCUACACUAGCCACCCUUUUCUGCAACUGUCUCUGAUGAUGGAUUCAAGAGAGAAUCCGAAACGUCAGGCGAAUAAAGCCAUUGUUCCAGCGAUCCCUUCUUCUUCUGAUCAACUAGUUCCUGGAACUCGCAUCUUCGCUUGUAUCGACUAUCACAUAGUUGAGAGGAAAUGACAGUGAAAUCUGAGGUUUUAAAUUACCCCAAAACUUACCUUUGUAGUUAAAGCAACCCAAUGCCAGGGAUGCGCACAAACAUACUGCGGUGAGGAAGGCAGGCAACAUUUUCAAAUGGGUUUCUGAGGUCGGCUAUUCAGAUGUAUAUACAAAGAUUCAAGAUUCCGACUGAUUUCACUGGUGCAAUUAUGUUGGUCAGGUUUGGCUUCGGCAGUGUUGAAUGAGGCUUCAUGCCGUUCAACGUCCACUUGCUCGUUCGUCAGUUCCUUCGACUACAGAUUGCGUACCAGUGUGCAGUCUGUGGAUGAGGUUGGAUCAGGAAGUUUGUAGAAUUUGUUUCCUAGUGCUGCGUUAUGUGUCACUUUCUGUUUGCGGGUUUGUUCAGUCACCUUCUGCUGAAGCAGAUUUGUGCCGUUCUCGUCCAUGAACUCGCAGCGUCUGGCCUUUUCUUGGUCAAUUCUCUGACGGUAUUUGCAAAGCCUCGCAUGGCAAUCUUGAAAGACCACGCGAAACAUACGUCCUCCGUAGUGAAAUACUGAGCAUCUCGCCAGCUCCGUGUUUACCGGGGGGGGGUGGUUUCUAAGAAUCACGCUUUGGCAACACGUUGUUAUCGAGACACCUGUGCAGAAGCCGGAUCUGCGCAUAAGUAGAGGCCUCUUGAAGGACAAACGUUUCCGAUCGCCGGGUCGAUCAGAGCGCAUCGCGCCCAAACAUGUUGACGAUACAAGCGAAGAUGUGGGUUCCAGGAACUGGUUGAUAAGAAGAAGAAGAAGAAGAGGAAGAAGCAAUCACUGGAACAAGGGUGUUAUUGGCCUGAAGUUACGGAUUCUUACUUGAACCCUUUAGAGACAGUAGCAGAAAAGGGUGACUCGAACAGAGAAAGGGGAACGCGGUAAAUUAAUAUAGGUAUUCCUAACAUUGCUACCGCAUCCUAUAAAUACUGCGACUUACUGUGCACGCGUCAUCCGUUUCUACCACUGUCUCCGAUGCCGGGUUCAAUUGCGAACCCGCAACGUCUGGGAAGAGUAUUGCCUGCUGAUUUUGCCCAUGUAUUUCAUAAUGUACUGAAUAUGAAUUACAUCAAUACAAUUCACUUCAUCCAGUUCUUUUGGCAUGGAUUCAUUUGUCUGUUCAAUCACCCGACUAUGAUUGGCGUUUGAUCCCAGUUUAACGAAAAAUGUGUCAUAAAAGACCAUUAGCCGAAUGAUAAAUGUACAAAGGUACCGCAGAGCCAGUGGAUGUCGUCGGUCAUUCCGGAUUUCAUUUUGAAAAAUCUCAACAUCACAUGUCCUCGUUGUGUGACGAGGUUCCCUUCAAAUUGGGAACAGCAUUCAUCUGCUCUAUCUUUGGACUUACUUCUCUCGUCUUUCUACCUGUGCUAUAUGUUGCUUAGAUCAAAACCAACCGACAGAGCGCCCAUAGCAUUCCACAUCACGAAUUUCAUACAUUGUUGUUUCAGCCGGGGGAUGAAUAGUCAUCAUAUGUAGUGCAUACCAUAUACUGGGUACUAAUUUAAACACCAGAAAGAGUCAGAUCGCAUGUCAUGAUCAGGUAGAUUCCCUCCCGCACAUGGCCGGCCAAGAAACAUUUGUGGAUCAUUGGGUUGGCUGCUGUCUGCAUGACCAGACGGGUUGUGGUCUUUAGGUCUCAUCGUAAGCCAGCGUGGAAGGAACGGGUUCCGUGAAAUUGCUCCGUAACGAAUUCGUACAGAGGAACUUCUUCUCCCGAAGUUUGACAGGACGAACCAAAUAAAAAGCCUCAAAUGACAUUGACAGCGUUCAAUAGUUUUGCGUUUUUCGUCCAGCUGUUUAUACCAGACGUGGUGAGAAUUUGUAUGUCUUCCGAAAGGUUCUUUAAAGGUCACGAUAUGUAACUUACAAACUCAAAUAAAGCGUGAUGUUUAAAAUGGAUUGGGCAUGAUCGUUAAUUUGAAAUCUUCCUUUAAUGACCAGUGAAUACUCAUCACUGCCGACAUGCAGCAUAUGUGGCAAGCUAUUGCGCUGAUAAUGAACCAAGGAGUAGGGCCAGUUGUCAAUUCCUCAAGUCAAAUCUUGUCCAUACGCAUGGGGAAUCGUGAAGGAGUGUGGAAGAUCAUGCAAAAAUUCGCCUGUCCAGAGCGAUUCAUUCAGAUGGUGCGUCAGCUCAACGAUUAAAUUAUUGCGCUAGUCACAGACAAUGGAGCUGUAUCAUAAGCGUUCGCAGCGACCAACGGAGUGAAGCAGAGAUGCGUCCUGGCGCCUACUCUCUUCAGUCUUAUGUUCUCCGCCGUGCUGAUGGACGCCUACGACGACGAACUUCCCGGGAUCCGCAUCGCCUACAGGACGGACGGCUACCUCCUUAAUCAACGUUGAAUGCACUUCCAUUUGCGCAUUUCCACAACCACUGUUCACGAACUUUUCUUCACCGACGACUGGGCCUUAACACCUCAGAAGAGGACAUACAACGAAGCAUGGAUUACUCUCCGUCGCCUGCAAAAAUUAAUAGCCCGGUUAGUAACACGAAGAAGACGGUGGUCAUGCACCAGCCGCCACCCAACAUGAAAUAGUGCCGGUUUGCGAGUGAUAGGCAAUCAUUCGCAAAUUUUGACACAUUUAAUGAGUUAGGUCACUAAUUGCAAUUAAAAACCCAAAGUUUGCCCUGAUUAAGAUGCAGGUUAAAAUUAGAUGGGCACCCUGCUUCGCACAAGAAUGAGCGAAGCCCUGUCAAACAAUCAUUCGUUAGAUAUGACAUGCGUCUUACUGUGCUUCGAAAUGUCUUGACGGCCCCUUUUCGAGACAAGAGUCUUCCGAGUUUCUGGCCCAGGAAGACGCAUUUGCCAGCCGAUCUUGGGCGGAUGAUAGAACGCUGAAGAGGAUACCAAUAGACGGACUGACUGGAGUUCAUUACGUGUCUAACCGCAUCUUCCGAAAGAUUCUGCCAUUGCAUUCAUUGACUUCGUUUUACCGCCCACUGCAGAUCUUAAUUCGCUUUUGAGAAUUCUGCUCUUGGCAUCUAAAUCAAUAUUCCUCUCGGUGUAUAUAAGCCUGAGCGCAUUGCUUACAGGAAUUCUCAGCACCCUUUUGUUAAGAAUAAGAUGAGAAUGAGGAUGAUGACGAUGAUGAUGAUGAUGAUGAUGAUGAUGAUGAUGAUGAUGAUGAUGAUGAUGAUGAUGAUGAUGAUGAUGAUGAUGAUGAUGAUGAUAUCACUGGAAAAAGAAGUCUAUUGGACAGACUUUACGGAUUCACACUCGAACCCAUCACGAGAGACGGUUUUUUGGUAAACGUCGAUUUUAUCUAAGCCAACUAUAUUCCUUGCUCGAGCUGCCGGAGAAAAGUAGAAUGAUCUCUUUGCUACUAAUUUUUCUAAUUGGAUGGCUUUAGAGACAGAUUUUCCUGUUUGAUCACGGUAGACUCUUCAGUCGCAUGCGCCUUUAUGAGUACCCACAUUAAAUCCUCAUAAACAUGACCAAAUCAGCACACAUUUUCUUCUCGACAAAUGCACCGCACAUAAACACCUCUAAAAUGCCAUAUCACGGAUUACUCUCAUUUAAGCGGAGCAUCUGGCCAAUCAUCUCCCAGUCCAACUCAGACGUGCUCUCGCUUAAGGCGUCGUGAUGCAUACGCAAUGCUUCCGGCGCUGGGCAUACCCUCGUCCGGCUGUCGACUAUCUUCCAGUCCCUCUUUGGCAUUCUCCACAGAAUGCAUUAUCUUCGUCUGGUUGAACAGCUCGAACAGAGGCUGAUGCGUAAGAUAGAGUAGAGCGAAAGGAGUUGGCCAUCAGCGCGUAAAUACUCACUGUAAACACUCUGGAACAAUGGCGACUGUUAGGAUGCGGUAAAUUCCGUGGCCUUGAUGGUUGCCAACUGACGCCUCAACACAGUCCAUGCAAUUGGUCCAGCUGUGCGUUUGCAUACUGAGUAGCCAACUGGUGGACUGAGAUUCUUGACUCGGUCAUGGAACCGACUUUGUCGGCAACUGGCACGGAUCAGACAAAUACACGACUCGGUCAAUGAACUGGUGCCAGGAAGUGAGAAGGCAGAGGGAGAGUGAGCUUGACUGUCUCAGCGCACUUUCCUCACUAUGAACAAUUUGAUGCGUUUUCAUUCAUCAUGGUGCCCUAUAAUCCGGCACUUGGAUAACACAGACCUCGCAAUCAGAACAGGUUGUGUGUAGUGACCGAGUGGAGGACUGAGAUUCUUGACUCAGUCAUGAGACCGGCUUCUUCCUAAUGCAACCUGUCUGGCACCUCUCGCACUCAGUAGAAUGUAAGCCGGUGCGAUGCAUAGUUGCGGGAUUUUCCCUGCCAGUCAACUUAGCCCUCCCCAACCUUCGGCCUUCUUGACUCUGUCAUGUACAUGGGCCCAGAAUCAUGGGGUGGAGAGGGGAGUACGGUAGAUGCUGCACAAAUCUACCACCAAUAUAUUUAGAUGAGUUCACACACAAAUCACCUUCCCUGCCCCGACUCCACAGUGGACAUCAUCAGGCAAACAGGAUCAAACGUAGAGUAGCUGUAGAUGUCCUCUUCUUAUGAGAGUUUAGGAAAGCUGUGGCCUCCAAUUUCAGCAGCACAACCUCCUGUAAAUAUUUGCUGAUACGCAAAUCCUACUCGCUCCCCAGGUGCUGAAUGGACAGUCAGUAGAAUAAGGAGUUUGUGUCCUAAAACUUCACUGCCUUUUCUCCUACCACCACCACCACCACCACCACCACCACCACCACCACCACCACCAUCACCACCACCACCACCACCACCAGCAUCAUCAGUGCACGCGAAAUUCGAACCUCUAAAGUGAAUCCGUCGCACUCAGACGCGCUAACAAGCGUAUGCAGAGGUAAGCACUUAUCCUCCGAAAGCAAACUUACGCCCCAAAGCUAUUGGGGACAAUUCUAUUAAACACUAAUAUAAAAUUCGAAGAACGACGAUAAGGCUGUAAGCCUUAAAGAUCAGACCAGGGCUUUCUUUCUCUAUCGUUCAGGUUCAGUCCAGAUACCCCAUAACCGACAAGUUAAUCAUAAAGACACAAGUAAAGACAAAGUGCAUGUCUACACUUGUUUAAGGGGCAGCACACAGUAAGUAGGUUUUUCCCCUUGGUUCAUCUUACAUAACACACCGGUUAGGAAAACCGGACAUAAGCGCAUACCACAAAACGGACAACAGGUUUAUUUCGAACUCCUCUGGCAACUGAGGCUGUAGUAGAAUUCAUUGUUAUGGAAUGUGUGUUCAGGAAAUGCAAGUCCAGUGAAAAUAUGCAGACAAGGUCUGGGCUGGAAAUAGUGUACGAGCACGGUGAUUUGCACUGGGAUGUUGUGGUAGGUAAAAAUGCGCCUGCUAACUUUAAGGAAUCCUGCAAUCUGAAAAGGAGAUCAUAUAUGUAAAGAAACGAAUACACGUACCUGGCAGAUGAAGCUUACGUUGGUGGAGUCAAUAAGAAAUUUACAGAGAUGUCGAGAAUUCCCUUCUUCUGUUCUAUCCAGGUUGCAGCCACCGCUCUUGCUGAACUGAAGGCCUUCAAUGCGACUUUGGCAGCGAGGUCCAUCCGCUGUUUUGAUCCUGAUGUUGGAUGUUGA